CAAAUCACGAAAACCACAAAACACGGAUAUUAUUCAACGAAACAAUGCUUAGAGCCAACAUCGGCAAACAAGGCAUCAGGGUGUGCAAUGGUGCGCGCCCAGUCACGCGCCCACGGCGGGCCACAAACGUCAGGACGGCCAUGUACAGGAAGGACAGCCCGGAUGGGACCACAUCACAGCUGGAAUGGACCCCGAAAACAUAUGCCAUGAUCGGAGGUUCCAUCCUAGCCGUCGCGGGACUGUACGGGCUCAUGAUGGGCAAGCCGGGCGGUGUGAUCAGGACUGAGAAGAGUCCCGUGUCAACGACGGAGAAGGAUGCGAAGAAGGUGCCGGAGAAGCCAUGAACAAGCCUCUAGGGGGUUCGUCGACGGGAACAUGAACGGCAUGAGAGGGAUGGUGGACGGAGAACCUGUGAAUGGGGGAAGCUGGAAGCAGGAGGCCUUUUCAACGAAGGAUUACCUACAAUAUCUGGUAAAUUGGUCACUUAGGGGAAAUGCCAGACCGGGGUGGUGUCGUUGGCGUUGGGGGCGUGUUAUGGGGAAAUGAUCAUGAUGAAUACAGAAGAACCCCUACUGGUAUUUCAGCAAUGAGAG